AUGGACAGUUCGUCGCUGCCGUCGCCGUCGAUGGGCCCUACCGAGGUUGUAGGUCAUACUUCUGCGGGUUUCACUCAUGGGUCGGAAGGGCAGUUACCUUCGACGUCAACAUCUCUGUCUCCACCAAUAUCGCGUGGUGCCAGCUUCAAUACGAUCACCUCCGCUCCUGCUGAGCAUCAGUUGCAUUCAACACAUAUCCCCUUGCCGUUAACAUCGGCGCCGUCGUCCCACAGUCGCCGACGCAUACCAUUUCUACAGCAGACUUCAGUAAAAGCGUCGACCCCGCCCCUUUCCCCGAUGCCGGGACGGCAUGUGAUUGUCAAAUGCCCUUCGCCCGAUGCCGUCAACCAGCCGAUUCCAGACCAGGUGGUACCGAUAUCUCAGAUAGCCAGCACGUCAGGUGCGCCUUGCAUCGGUGAUCUGAAAGCAUACAUUGCAGCUCAGUGGCCUGGCAGGCCGCUCACAUCUGGUAUGCGCUUCAUACGUCAUGGAAAAGUCUGUGCUGAAGAGGAGCUUUUGUUUCCUCCGGGGCCCUCAUCAUUGCAGGAUGAACAGCAGCGACAAGAUGGCGUGCCAUUGCAUCUUGUUAUUCGCGCGGAUGCUUGGACUGAAAGGGCAUCCUUCUCGCCGUUCUCGCUGCAGCAAAGCGACAGCAGGGGUGGAAGCGGUAGCGCCGGGCGUCCAGCAUUUUCACGGCAUGCUAGCAGCCAGCUACGAUUCGCUUCCCCUGAACAGCUAAGACUGCGCUCCUCUUUCCCUUCAAGGACCAACACCCCUGCCAUCUCGAGAUCUUCAAGUGUGCAAGGGCUACGAUCGUCAUUAUAUCACCCCAGGAUGCACGAUCACAUGGCUUCGGGCCUGCCGCCUUUUAGUCUAGCCACCUCUCCCUCUGCCGUAUCGCCGCAGCACAUCGAAGACCGCCUCCGCGACUGGCUCUCGUGCGAGGCAAUCGCUGUUGACCACCUGGCCACGAGGCCGUCAGCUGCAGGCCCAGUUCAAGGGAUCUUGGGCGAAAACGACGAGCAAGUGAACCUGAUCCGUGAUCUCGCGAUCUCCAGCUAUUACCUUUGGCUGGAACACUACCAAGCCGUGUGGAACGAGAUCUUCGGACAGACGGAGGAGGCCAUCGCCAAUAUAUACAGUGGCGACAACCAGUGCAAGCUCCGCCUUUCAUUUACGAGAGAUGUUGCUGCAGCCUGCGACUAUUUUGAGACGCAUGUGCUCAGUCUUGGGAGCGCGCCACGAAGACCUUCGUUUGCGACAAAGCAGACGGAAAACUUGCUAGAGCACAGAGAACUUGUUGUUGAUGUUAGUGGCACACCGCAUGCGCUGAGAUACCCAGCGACAGAGUACUUCGAUGCGAGAAUCGCCUUUCUCUCGGAUGUGCUCGCCACUCGAAUCGAGCCACUCUCCACACUCUUGCGCCAGCUCGAAAGCUUUUCGGACGAUCGCCGCCAAGCAGAUUUACUUCGCGCUCUCUUGAACCACGCCCUGGCUGCUGGCGCGGCCGCGCAGCAUCAACCAACAUUAGGUACUGCCGCAGCCAAUGCCGCGGAGCAAGUGGCCGGCGCCGUAAUGGAAGAAGCGCGGGGCGCUCAGCGUACCUUGCAGCAAACCGCCGCUGUCUACCUCCUCGCUCUCGGUUCAGUUUUCUUCGCUAUAUUGCCCGCAGUCCUCUUCCUCGCUUUCCAGACUUCCAUCAUUUACAUCAUGUUCAUCAAGGAUGGAAAUUGGCAGGGUUGGCAGAAGAAGAUCGUCACUGCCCUGCUUGUUGUAGGUUUUGUGUGCAGGUCCUUUCUGCUUUACAAAAAUGAGAGAGCCAGGAUACAAAGGGGGCAGAAUGGCCACAGGGCGCCACAGCUGAAUGCUGGACACGCUGAUGGCGGCCGAGACGCGGGGCAGCGAGCGGACGCGCGAGGCGAAGCGGGUGCUGCAGAUGGUGCCGCUCCGGCAGUUCGGCCCGCCAGUGAUAGAGAAGCGGGCGCAGCACAAGCGCAGCGCGAUUCAGCAGCAUCAGAAGCUGAGCUGGAAGAGCGGGACGCGAACCCACUCCUGCCACCAACUAUACCGACUCGCUAUACGGCACACAACCUGCUUGAUUGGAACUGGUGGAUUGAGCGUCUCGCAUUCUGGGGACUGAACGAGGAGGAUGCCGAGCUCGGCUUGCGAUCCGCGCAACGUAACGACGCUCGCCUGCGCCCUGCCUCGCCAUCUGUGCAUCGACCACGAUUCAGACUCGCACGUAUCGCUAAGAUUCUCAAGACCUUUUUGAUUCUGCUGCUUGUCACGAUGAUACCGGAUGUGGAGCAGCGCAGGCGUGUCGCGAUUAUCGACCGAGAGGACCUCAUCAGACGUACAGCAAGCGAAGAACGCGAACGGAGGGAGCGCAAUGCUGCACGCGAGGAGAGGCGGCGAAAGGAAGCCUCAGAAGCGAAGCUUGACGCCAGCGGCCCAUCCGCAACAGACAUUCCCUCUCCGACAGCAUGUACAGCACAUCAGAUCCCCGCCAACCCCGAGGAUGCACCUACUGUGCUCCGCUCGCCCUACACGCAAAGAUUGCUGCGUGUAAGGCCGCGUGCACCCGUCCAGCGAAACGUCGCUGCCAACGCCGAUGACGAUGAUGCGUGGGCGGAAGACGACUUCGGCUUCUUCUAG